ACUCCAACUCAUAGUCAAACUCAAAUCACUUUCUCGGAGCGAGAGAGCUAGAGAGCGAGAGAGAGAUGGGAAGGAGGCCAUGCUGUGCAAAAGAAGGGCUGAACAGAGGAAUAUGGACUGCUGGAGAAGACAAAAUCCUCGUCGACUACAUUCAAGCUCACGGCGAAGGGAAAUGGCGGGACCUCCCUCAGCAAGCUGGGUUGAAACGUUGCGGGAAGAGUUGCAGAUUAAGGUGGUUGAAUUAUCUAAGGCCAGGUAUCAAGAGAGGAAACAUCUCCAUGGAUGAAGAAGAGCUCAUUAUCAGACUGCAUAAUCUCCUGGGCAACAGGUGGUCGUUAAUAGCUGGAAGACUCCCUGGACGAACAGACAAUGAAAUAAAGAAUCAUUGGAACACCAACCUUAGCAAGAGGGUGCAGGAUCAGACACAUCAAAAUCCUGUCAAGUGGUCCAAUGAAUCGGAACCUCGGAGCGAACUGUCGAAGGAAGAGUCGCCAUCGAGGUCAGAGCCACACCCAGUCAUUCGAACAAAAGCAGUCAGAUGCACUAGGGUUAUCCUCCCACCCCCACUGAUAGAUCAAGUAGCUGGCAAGGCAACUUCGGUUCACAAUUCAAAUAGUGAGACCUCAUCUUAUUCAUCAACUCGUCAAAGUGACUUAUCUUCCGACUUUCUAGCCGAUUUCAACAUCGACGACCUUUUAAUACCGGAUGAAGCUCAAAAUCUGGAUUCGUGUUUUCCUCUUGAAGGGGAGAAGGUUGAUUGCUAUCCUUCCGAUCUAACUCUGUCCAUGCAUGAUGAUGCCGAAGGUAUCCGCUCGGAAGGUCUUGAGCGAUGGAGGGACACUGAUGAGCCUUUUCAGCCGAAUGCAAGCUUUGAUUUCAAUUCAUUGGCAUCAUUCCUUGAUUCAGAUGUGGAUACGAUUUAGAUGGAUAAGACAUUAUGGCCACCAUUUGAUUAGCCAUUCAUGCAAGGCUUAUAAUGUACUUCAUAGGAAGAGCAAAUUGUUGAAACUUUGAUUUCAUGUAUC